AGUAGCCAUGUGGCGAAGAAGAUGGAGAAAAUUCCAAAAUGUUUCCCUCCUCUUUGUAUAAUUAUACUGAGAAAUGAUGAGAACAAAAACAGCAAGGUGGGGUUUCACAAUCCAACCGUUACAUCACCAUUAUUUUAGGUGCUUUUCUUCUUCAUUUUCAAAUUCUCUCACUGCCAUGGCAUUUAAUGAGGUCAAAGAGAAUACUAGUAACGUUAACGGUAAUGGUAUGGCGGAGGUGGACACGUCGUCGCCUUUUCAGUCGGUCAUGGAGGCCGUCACCCGAUUCGGUGGAAUCGGCUUCUGGAAACCCCAUUUCCAGACCAUCGAUCAAGAUGCGAUAAAGGCAGAGGAUCAAGCGACGACACAACUACCAAACAAUCCGACACCAGAAGAACGAGAAACAAUCGAAAUCAUGAAAGAAAUCUUAGCAAUGAAAACUAGAUUCGAAGAACUAAAAGCGAAGCUACAAAAAGAGGCCCAAAUCAACACACACCCUUCUGAUGAUCGAAACAACGCAACUAGGAUUCAAGUUGAUGACGUUGAGUUAUCAAAAAGCGAGAUCUUGAAGAGAGUAGAGGAAGCAACCGAAGAUGUAAAGCAUUGCACGAGGGUUCUUGAAGAAGUUUUGGGUCGAGUCGAGGCUGCUAGACACAAGGCUAACCUAUUUGCCACCAACGAAUCGUAUUCUGGUUGCAAAAUGUUGGUGUCGGUUCCGACAAUGUCGAUAGGGCAGAUACUAAGCAGGAAACUGGUCAUGGCAGAAGAGCGGUCGGAGAAGAGUCGUAUAAAAUGGAAGGUUUCGUUGGCACAAAUUCUUAGCAAAGGUGGUAGCAGGGAGAAAAGAGGUGGUGGUGGUGAGAAAGGAGUUCCGGCAAAGAGAAUGAAGUUCGGGUUUGGUGGGAUGUCGUCUCUUGUGGCGAAAUCAAGCACAAAGAAGAAGAAGAAGAAGAUGACAUAGAUCCUUUUGUUGCCAUUUUGGUGUUUGGAUUUGACUGAAUUUUGGGGCAUUGUAAAACUAGUGUUUUGUGUGUUUGUGAAUGUCAUUUUUU